AUGGCGGACACAAAUCCUGCUGGCAAGCAUCCACAAGCGGCCACUGUUGAGGACUGUGCAGACUCGGACGAUGAGAAAGGUGACUCCAGCGCUUCUAAACCGGCUUCCAACUCCGCGUCCAAGAGGAGCCGCAAGACUUCGAACACGAGACGAAGUUCUCCUAGCAAAGUACGAUCAGCUAGUGAUACUGGACAGCCAGAGCCUCCUCUUCCUCCCAAAGUCAAGGAUGCUCCUUCGCGACAGACCGAGGAGCCUGCAACCCAAGCAGGAGCAAAGGAUGAGCCGAUGUACUCCGGGGUCCCUCCUCCUCGCUCCGGUAUGCCGCCUCCACCUCACUCUAGUAUGUAUGCGCCCUCUGGUGUAUCCAUGCCGCCAUCUCUGCCUGGAUUAGGAGGACCGCAGUCACCCGUAAAAGUACCAACCAGACCUGCAAUACAUCAUCCCGAAAGAACCAAGGCUUCGAGCUCAUUGCCAAAGUUUUCAUCAAAGAUCUCGACAUACGAUACCUUCUCUGCUCCUUUCUCUCCCGAUGAUGAUGAGCAUUUCUCGGCUCGAAACUUACCCAUCAAGCCACAACGUGUGCCAGGAGGCUUUGAUUCGGAUACCUACUCUUCCGAGUCGCCACCGGAUAGUCCUGAAUACUAUGAACAACCAAGGCGGCCUCCUCCUUUUCAACGUGCCACCACAUCGGCGGUGCAGCAAAUCCACCGGAGUGGCCAUUCGAGGUCAAGAUCGGACUACCCAGCAGAGUCAGCGUAUGGUUACCGGCGCGCGUACCCACCUGAAGCCACUUGGGAUCAAUACUCGCACGCCGAGUAUCCAGAGUACGAGGACCAGGGAUCCUAUCCAGGCGGUAGACGAGGCUCCAGCGCAACCACUUGGACCCAACACACCUCAGCCUCUGACCCUCCACACCCAACCUACGUCCAGUACGACCAUCACGGCCGCCGCAGUGGCUAUCCGAACCAGGAACAUGCCGCCAUCGACUACAUGGAUCAAGCACGAGGUCACCCCGAAGAAAGAAUAACAGCAGAAACACUCCGCCAACUCCCCAGCGGACCCCGCAGCACACGAAGCAACCACAGCCACCGCCGCAGCCAACACAGCAUGAGCGAAACCUCAUCACGUCACCGCGGCGCAGAAGGCAGUGUCAAACUCAUCAUGCCCAUCGCCGCAGCCGAGGACACCAAGAUCCAGCUCAGCGGCGACAUGGGCGAUCGCGAAGUGUCUUUUCGCUCGAUCAACGAUCCCGGUAUGGUGGAGGUCACGAUUGGCACGAUUGCCGGAGGCGAGCGCAGGUACUUGAAGAGUGCGAGCCAGACGUCUCGUGCGCCUACAAGGUCGUCGGGGAGCACGAGGCAUGCUGCUCGUGGUGGUGCUGAGGGGCAAGAGCAGGGUCGUGAGUAUCGGGAGCAUCGCGAGCAUCGAGAGCAUAGGCAUUUGAGUCGUGCGCCAUCGUCUAGGAAGUCAUAA